CAAAAAUGGCGGCUUAUGGACGAAAUUAUUUUAUUCUAUGAAAAAAAAUAAUCUUUAUUAUUAAUAUCCGUUUUCUGGAUAGAUGGUGACACGUUUUUGUGUUGUAUUUUAUCAUUUUGGUAUGCACCUAUCAUAAGCCAAACUGGCAUCCAGCAGCGGUAUGCCGAUUCAAGCCCCACAGUGGACAGAGUUUUUAUCCUGUCCAGUGUGCUACAAUGUGUUCAAUGAGCAACAUUACAGACCUAUCAGUUUGGCAUGUGGCCACACAGUGUGUAGAACUUGCCUGUCAAAGUUCCAGCAGAAGAAAUGCCCAUUCGAUCAGUCUCUCAUAUCCCGAGACUUGGACGAGUUACCGUCAAAUUUCGCCCUUCUGCAGCUUGUGUGUGCUACUGCAAGCCCGGAUAACAAGCAGCCCUGUGUUCCGCAACAGGUUGAGAAAUUCUAUGACAGAGCGAAGAAAUGUGUAGAAGACUUGGCACUUCUCUUGAAGCCUGUAUCGUCAAGCACGACAGGAUCAAUCAUAUCUGUCUCAAGUUCCGGUCAAAAUGGACAGCAAAGCGGCUCUAACUGCGUUCUCAGUCGCCCGAUGCAACGAAAACUCAUCACGCUGGUCAACUGCCAACUUGUAGAGGAAGAGGGUCGUGCACGAGCCCUACGUGCGGCCCGCUCGCUAGGGGAGAGAACUGUCACAGAGCUGAUCUUGCAACAUCAGAAUCCCCAGCAGCUGUCGUCCAAUCUCUGGGCAGCCGUCAGGGGGCGAGGAUGUCAAUUUCUUGGACCAGGCAUGCAAGAAGAAGUGAUAAAGUUGAUUCUCCUGGCCCUUGAAGAUGGAUCUGCCCUGUCUCGUAAAGUGUUGGUAUUGUUUGUGGUUCAGAGGCUGGAAGCACAAUACCCGCAGGCUUCAAAAACCGCCAUCGGCCAUGUGGUUCAACUCUUGUACAGAGCAUCUUGCUUCAAGGUCACAAAACGAGAUGAAGAAUCAUCGUUGAUGCAGCUAAAGGAGGAUUAUCGCACGUAUGAAAUGCUGAGACGUGAACACGACUCCCAGAUUGUGCAGAUUGCGAUGGAGGCGGGGCUACGGAUCGCUCCGGAUCAGUGGUCAUCACUGUUAUACGGGGAUGCAACCCACAAAUCCCAUAUGCAGUCUAUCAUUGAUAAAUUGCAGACCCCACAGACAUUUUCAGACAGCGUGAGUGAAUUACUGAUCGCGCUGCAACGAACCAGCGACCCUCAUAAUCUGUCCCGGUUACGUCCAGAACUUGAGUUUCUCUCCAAAAUUGACCCUUCCCCAGACGUACCCUGCCCUACAUGGGAGAAUUUGGAUGGUGUAAUGAAGUCCGUUAAAACUGUCGUGGAAGGACUAGUCAUGUUCUUGUCCACAGUAGGCCAACGUCGGCACGAGUUUCUCACGCCAUUUAACGCACGCUACAAGACGAGCAUGUGUCGAGACUUUAUAGAGCGAGGGCACUGUCCACGGGGAACUAGUUGUACAUUUGCUCAUUCUGAUGAAGAACUAGAAAAGUAUCGUCAAAAGAGCAAGAAAGCUUUCAGACAAGGAUUCACGGGGCUGUAUGAAGAUGAAGAUGAUUCACAGCCUAUGGUUCCUGCAGGACGGGGGAGCAGCAGCUACUCUUUGUUAAAACGUCAGCCCUCUUCGGGUCACCAAGCUCCCAGGGGUGUAGUAGAGCAGCCCCACCCUGGAGGUGAUGCACCCCCUGGGCUUGGAUCUGGGGUACCUCCAACCCCUGGCAGCUACCCAACAAGGAAAAUGGAGGUAAUUCUUCCCCCUGGCGCAGUGAUGCAGCCAAAUGGAAGUCUUGUACCUGCUGCCCCUAAUGCCCCUGCAGGUUUUGUGGCCCCUAUUGAUAACACUGUGGCCCCGGCAGUGGGAAUGGAGAAUGUUCAAAGGGUUGGGUUUCUGCCUCCCAAUGGUGAUUCAGCCAUACUUCAAUCUGGUGGAAUAAUAACUGGUGUCGAAUCUCAAGAAGGGAUUCUGUUUCAGCAACAGGGGAUUCAGCCAGGGCAAGUGGCACCUCCAUUUCAGCAGCCAGUCCCUUUAAUUGGUGCCACAGGGAUGGUACAAGGUCAGCAGCCACCUGGAAUGGUGCAGCCGAAUAGUGCAAACAUGGCUGGAGCUGGGCAGCAAAUGGUUGGACCAGGCUUCGGUCAGGCUAAUCCUAUGGCUGGGAAUAUUGGACAGCCUGGAAUGCCUCAACAGGGAAUACCGCUGGGACCCCAACAACAGGGUAUGCCAGGGCCAAUCCAGCAGAUGUCAGGUAUGAUGCCUCCGUAUAUGAGCCCUUACGGCCCUGGCGGAAACAUGAUGGGACCACGGUUCCCUAUGCAUCCCAUGAUGUACGGGCAAUAUCCCUACCCAGCCAUGCAUCCAUACAUGCAUUAUUACCCUCAAGGUUAUAUGGCACCAGAUGGGUCAAGAAUGCCGUUUGACCCAAAUUAUUUCCAGUCGUUGAACCCCUUUGCCGAGCCUUGGAAACCAAAUGCCCAAGGCCAGAUGCCAAGUCACAUGAUGAAUCAGCCGCCAUACAUACCACAGGGGCAAGGUCAUGGUGCUGAUGUCAAUGGAUGUGAAGUAUGCUCUCAGAAAAUGAAAGAAGAAGAAAAGAAAAAACAGGAAAAUAGAGGUCACUCUCACUUGUGUAACCAGCAUUAUAAGAACAAUUCUAGUCCUACUUUAAGUCCAGAGAAUCAAAAUGUUAAUUAUGCAAAUUUAAAGGGUAAAGAACUUGACACUGAAUCGAAAAGUGAUUUCGACAAAAGUUCUUUAAAAGAGCAGCGGCAGAUUUUGAAACAGAGCUUUAACAGGAAUAACUCAUCAGAAAAUUGGCAGAAAGAAUCUCAAAAUUCUGUCAAAGAUACCGAAGAAACACCAGCUUGGAGCACCUUCGAUGAUGAAGACAACGAUAACGAUGCUGACUAUGAUUACGAGACCAGUACACGACAGUUUGAGCAGGAUCGACCACAAUUUGAAUCAAGGGGUCAGAAUCAGGACGAGUAUAGCUGGCAGGCUGAGACGUCCAACUCUGCCUCAGAGACAGGCAAGCAGAACAUGAGCGAUGAUCAGUCCAGGACCCAUCCGCCUCCCAUGCUGGCAGAACCCAAUGCAAAAUUAUAUCGUAAUGUCUUUCAGCGACAGUCCCUACACAGUCUGCACGAGAAGCGGAAUUCGCUGAUCCAGCAGCUUCAGGAAAUUAACAAGGAGACUAUCGAACAGGAACAGAAACUGGAGGAGCUCAAUAACAUGCCCAAUCUAUUCAAAUUUGACACAGACUUGGUCUCCGAAGCUGAAGCCGUCAAGUCCACCCUCCAGCACCCUGCCCCACUUGACACCGGCCCUGCAAAGCUUAAAUCCAACAAACCUACAAACGGCGAGAUCUUUGAAAGGCUUGGUGCGAUAUCUGGGGUCCUGCCGAGGUCUGUUAAUGACAGUAUUCUGGCCUCAUGGACAACUAGUGCACUUCACGAUAAAGAUGAUGACAAUGCAAGCAGCAAAAAACUGACUCACCUAGAGAAAAAUCAGGAAAAAUCUGGUUGGAACGAAGUUGACAAAGAAUACCCUUACUGGGAAGAUUUAACGAGAAGUCUAGAAUCGCCACAGAUCACGCCACCAGCAACCCCAUAUUCCCAGGCCAGCAGCAUUCCUGUUAGUAUAAUGAGUACUGUGAGAAGCUUAACAAGUGGGAGCACAAUUAGCUCUCAUAGUUCCCAUUUCUCCAGCCCGUUUUCUCAGACAAUUACCCGAGUGUCAAGCAAUAAUGGCACAAUGAGCGGCAUUAUGACCGGAACAUCUAAGAGUUCCAGUAUGUACUCAUCCGCAUACAGUGGAGGUCAAAGUUUGAGUUCUAUGCCGAGUAUGUCAUUAGUUUCUACGUCAACAUCACAAUCCAGAGCCUGUGGGAUUGUCACAACGGGAAAAUCUCGCAUUUCAACGCAAAUGGCGAGUUCCUCACCAAGUUACUACACUUCGACAGACUACAGCGACUCCUCGCCGGUUUACAACGUGACGAAUAAAGCUUACAAGAAGACGAAAAACAUUGUUUAUAACUCACUAUCUUCCCCAGCCUCGUCGUACGAAAAUGCGUCUACGAGCAAUGAUUCGGGAUUCCCGGAGAGUUAUAGCCAGCCACAAAGUGAAAGUAUCUGGCCUAGUUCUUCAUACAGCGCUACGCAGACACAUACUGAGACGUCUGUAGAUGCAGGGAGAAAAUCGAAGGAUUCUUAUUAUUCCUACCCUAGUAAAAUGGAAGAGGACACAAUCCCGUUUGUUGAAGGGUCCCCGAUCAUAUCGAAGUUUGGCCCCAUCUCCCGAGCCACAAGGUCUGCAGGGGGCCUGGGAUCAGGCAGGGCAUUAGAAGUGGUGGCUGACGAGUCAGCAAAGAUGAUUCCCGUGACAGCGGUUACGCCAAUCUCAAGCGCGCCCGUACCCACCUCACAGAUGGUCCCCAGCAGAUUUGCAAGUAGCUGGCUGGAUCAGGAGAGACGGGAACCAGACAACACACAGACGGAAAACAAGACUCAGCCGUCCUGGGAGAAAGUCUACUCUUAUUGGACAUCAGAGGUUAACCUCCUGGAGCAGAAGGCGAUGAAGGCUAGCACAGAGGACGAGAAACUGUCCGUGAAACUUCACGCCAUCCAGCUGCAAAUUACACUGAAAGAGCAGGAGCUUGAACAGGCUAGAUCCCUCGAGAGUCAGGCCCAGACAUCUGAGUCCCACAAUCCCACAGUCGACUCCUCUUCAACAACAAAAACUGACUGGAAUUAACCAUUGGAGGCUGGGGUGGGGGCAGUUGGGUAUGUGGGGAAAGAAGGGUAUAUGGGGAUCGGGCUGGGCAUUAACAAGACAUCUGAAUUUGGACUGGUCAUUUUGAUGGUACAGGAUGGAAAUAGCUUAAAUAUUGAAUAGAUUGAGAAUGUAGGAGUUUGGAUUUGUAGUGAGGUCUAUUCAAGUUUAGUCUUUUAGAUCUUCAUAAACAUAUGCAUGCAACAAUCAGUACAGUCAGUAUUUGUAUGAUACUUGUGACCUGCUUUAAGGCAUGCAUUACCCAGCCCCGAUUUAUUGAAACUUUUUUCCGAAAAGGUUUGUUGAAGUGUUUUAAGAAACUAAACUCUCAUUCAAACUCUGGUAAAAGACCAAAUGUGGGGUUCCGAAAGCGACAUAGACUGCAUUAUGUUUUAUUUAAAAUUAUGAAGAAAAAAAGAAUUUAUCUUUGUUUAAAGUUUUCAUUUUAAAUUUUGCUUUCCGACGUUUAAUAAUGCAGUAUUAUGCAAUAACCGGCCCCAUUUUAUUCAAACUUUUUAAGUCUGUUUUAGCAGGAUUAAGCUAAGCUAUCUAUUUUCUUUUUUCUAUAAUUUGCGUAAUAUUUACUUCUUAUGGAGUUUUUCGACUUAAUAUUGGAAAUAUAUUUUAUGUUUAUCACAAUAAACUAUUUUUCAUCUAUUAAAAUCAUAUUUAAGUAUGUAUUUUUGCUAAUUGAAAUAAGCUACUUAAGCCUAAAAACUUAAGAAAUUGGGGCAUGGUAUUCAAGUGUGUGACUUGUUUUAUGUGGAAAGAAAUGAAUCUGUUUUUACUAAAAAUAAGUUUAGAAAUGAGCAUUUUUGUUCUUGAAAGAUUGCAAAUAUGGCCAUUUCAAGUCCAAUUUAGUUGCAAUAAACAGCAUCUAUUCUAAUCUAUUCUGUAUUAUCCAGUCAUUUAUAUAACAUUUAUAGUUAUCAGCAAGAAUUACCCUUUCAAAUGAUACCAGAAUCAUAUGGAGUCAGAUUAGAGAACUAGCUUUGUUGGUCAGAUUCCCUGAUAGUUAUGUAUUACUAUUGUAUUUUGGAGAAAAAUCAGCUGAGACAUGUGUGUAUUCUUUUUUUCUGAGUGAUAUAAUAUGUCGUACAUGUGCUAGAAUCUAGUGCAUGUACUGUAAGGCCUAGCAUGACUAAAUGUUAGUAAAUCUAAUUCGUUCUGGGCAGAUUGUUCAGAAUUUUUUUAAUUUAACAAGGCUGUAAACUUCUUCAUUGUUAACUUUUAAUUCUUUACUACUCUGUCAGUUUCUGGACACAGUUAUGGUCUGCAGUAUUUAGAAUGAAGCUGAGACAGAUUUCUGGUUGUAAUUGUGUUUUUUGUGUGUUUUUUAAUGACUAAGCACAAUCAUAAAAUAUUUUGUUUUUAAAAGUUAACAAUGAUGCCAUUGAACAUUUUGUAAACAAAAUCUGAAAUCGCCCAUUGUAUUUAGAAAUGACAUUGACAUUUAAUACUUCAGUUUGCAAAUGAACUUGGUAUUUCAAGGUUUUGAAGCAUUGAAUGAUUGUUGCAUGGAGACCACCCAAAUCCCAUGAAUGAAUUUCAAAUCAAGCAAAAUCUAUUGCUCAUUGAUUGACAUAACACAUCAAUGGAAACUGUCUGCGGGCAUCAGCGAUUCGGCAUUAAAUUGAUCCUGAAGGGUUGUACUCAUAUCCCCGCAAAACAUUUUUAAUGUACAAUUCGCAUUUGUUUAACAUCAACCGAUCUAUUAAAUCAUUAUAGCUUUAAAUAACACUCACAAGGACAGCACAGUAAACAAAUGUGCCAAAAACUUACUGUUUGAAUUUUCGUUCUACAGUUCGCAUUGGUCAACCGACCUAUUAAAUCAUAGCUUUAAAUAACAAUCACAAAGACAGCACAGUCACAAACAAAUCUCUUUGAAGUGCCCAAAACUUACUAUUUUAAUUUCGGUCGGUAGUUUGCAUUGGUCAACUGACCUUUUAAAUCAUAGCUUUAAAUAACACUCACAAGGACAGCACAGUCACAAACAAAUCUCUUUGAAGUGCCCAAAACUUAGUGUUUGUAUUUUCAGUCGGCAGUUCGCAUUGGUCAACAGACCUAUUAAAUCAUAGCUUUAAAUAACACUUACAAGGACAGCACAGUGACCAACAAGUCUCUUUGAAGUGCUAAAAACUGUUUGAAACCACUUUUGGGGCGGUACAAAUUGACUGUGGUUUUUUUGCACGUGAUCUUAUUAACAAGAUUGACAAGUAUGCCUUGCUAAGUUCAUUUGAAAACAGUGGUAUAAUUUUGUGUUUUGAAUGAAUGAAACCAUGCUGUGUAUGGUUCUUUAUCAGUUAAAUUCAAAUUGUACAUUCAUUUUGCUUUCGGUCAAAGAGUGUUUAUUAAUGGAAGUCUUUGUGUAACAAAGGUAUAUUUGUGAUGCAUACUUGAACUCGUAAGGAUAUACAUUAUAUCUUUAUCUGUUGUUAUCGAAUUCAAUUCAUUUUUAGCUCUACUGGCCAAAGGCCAGAAGAGCUUAUGCGAUGGUAAUGUGUACGUAGUAUGUGCAUCCGUGCGGUCGUGCGUCCGUGCGGUCGUGCGUCUGUAAACAAUUGCUUGUGAACACGAUACAGUCUACAGUUUUCAUUGUAUCUCGAUGAAACUUGUACAGUAUCUAGAUAUCCAUAAGAGCUCGGUUCCUUUCGAAAACCAGCCAGAUCUGCCCAUGCAUGCCUAGAUUAUGGCCCUUGAUAGUAUAAAAAAAUGCUAUUGUGUAAACAAUUGGUUGUGAACACGAUACAGUCUUCAGUUUUGAUUAUAUCUCGAUGAAACUUGUACAGUAUCUAGAUAUCCAUUAGAGCUUGGUUCCUUUCGAAAACCGCCCAUGAAUGCCUAGAUUAUGGGCCAUGAAAGUUUUAAAGAAAUGCUUUCUAUUUUUAGCCAGGUCUGCAUGAGCGAAUUCUAUUUUUAGCCAAGUUUACAUGUAUAUGUUAAUUCAAGUCUAGAGUUAAGGGAGACAAUUUGCAAGUCUAGGAUUUUGAGAGACAAUUUGCUUUUUGCUUUUGCAGUUGAUUUUGUGAAUUACUCUGCCUUGUUCUUGUUGAAAGCCCAAAGGCCAUUUUUUAGCUUUAAGUUCUGUAGUUUGCACAUUCAUCUUAACAAAAUUGAUUGUGAAUGUUUAAGUUAUGCGCCUGGUGUCAUUACUGGCCACACCCAGGGUUCACAGGUUUGGUAAACAUAAAUCUGGAAAGGUUUGAAAAUCUUUUUGUGUGUUCGUGCAUCCAUCUCAGCACAAUUGAUUGUGAAUGUUUGUUCAAAUUGAUCAAAGUUGUCCUAGGAUGCCCUUGACUUUGACCUUUUGACCAACUUUUUUUAACUUUUAAAACUACAGAAAAUUUUACUAUGAGUACAGUUUUGAAAGCAUUUUUUUUGGUCAGAUGACUUUUACUUGGCACAUAUUAAAAUAGUUCAUGCAACUAAUCUGCUUACAAUAAUUUCUGGGCUCAGAUGUUGAACGUGCUACGUUUUCAGGUAACCCAAACACAAAACAUAAACUAUAUGUCUGUUGCCUUUUACCCAUACAUACAUGCUCUGGAUUGAUAUGACCACAAAAGCCAUGCCAGUAGAGCAUAGGCCCUUUUGGGCCUCUUGUUAUGUUCUUUUAUGUAAACUAGGGUUCAUGUGUGAAUCUUAUCUUAAAUUUCAUUAUUUUAUUGUUUUACUUUUGAUGGGAUUUAUAAGUAAAAACAGAUGUUAUUGAUUUUCUAUGAAAUUGCAUUAAUGGGAUUUGUUCACAGAUAUUUUGUUGGCAACAUUUGUUUUUAAAUGUCUUCAAAUUAUGAUAUUUUACUAACUUACAUGAAAUAACAUCAACCUUAAGAUACUCAUUUUUAUAAAACGUGAACAAAUUCCUUUAAUCCAUGGAAACAAAAGUGUUUUAAUCUCUGUCAAAUGUUAGUAUGCAAUCUGGCUGAAGGAAAUCAUAACCUGAUAAAUGUUUGAGAUUGCUUUUAAGGUUUUGUACAUGUAUAUUCACUUAUGAAUACAGUUGGGCGUUAGCUUUUUAACAGAGUUAUGGAAGGGUGCUGCACACUUUCCGUGUUUUUGGUACCAACCAUUUAGCCGUGUAAACCAGCAUGGGCACCCUUUCCUUCUUUUUGGCACCAACCUUUUACCCGUGUAAACCAGCAUGGGCACCCUUUCCUUCUUUUUGGUACCAACCUUUUAACCUCGUGGAGACCAGCAUGGGCAGCCUUUUGUCCUCUUAAAAUAAUUUGCUUCAUAAUCUUGGGCAUAAUUCCUUACAUUUUUGUCAAACCAUUACAAUGAAGUUUUUCCCAACCUGAUACGAUGUGACAUUUUUACCCUGAGCAAUGCGGCCCUUUUCUGCAGCACCCUGUUCUUUUAAACUCUUGGCUAAAACCCUCUAUAUAAAGUGAGUCGUGUCACAGACCUAUAAACCAUGGAUGGUAAACUUCCUUCUAUGUCUAUAUAGAUUAUUUUGAACUCUCACAGGCAGUGCGUUUUCAUCUGUAAUCAUAUCGGUGUCAUAAUUGUGCAGAAGUCCGCCAUCUUGUUUUGGUUUGUAGGUCAGUGAUAAUAUGUAUAUUCAAUUGACAGUUGGUUAUAUUAACUGUUAUUCUAACCUUGCGGUGACUUUGUAACAAAGAAUGUACUGCUUUUAUAGCCAUGUUUUGUUGUAUAUAUAAUGAAAUGUUACUGUAAAUAAUGAUGCAAUUCUUAUGCAUACCUGUAUCUGUUUGUCAGCUAGAAUGUAAAUGGUCAGUUUGAUUGACUCUCUAGUGAACUUAUUAUAACUGCAGAGCUGAGACUUUAAAGGGGCAUAAUACAGGUUGAUGCAAAAAAAAUAUGUCUUUAAUGAUAAAAAAGCAUAUGAUUUGUUCAGAUAAUCUGUACACAAAUCAUAUGCUUUUUUUGUUUUGAUCAAUACAGUCAUAUGAGUUUAACAUUAUAAAUUAAAAAAAAAAUUGCAUCUAUCAAAUAUAACCUGUAUUGUGCCCCUUUAAAAAAUGAAAUAUUUUAGAUGUGUAAUAUUUUCUAAUGUCAGAAAAUUGCAUAGUUGCAAGUAAGUUUGUUGCAAUAUAUUUUUAUGGUAGGGCAAAGGAUGUAUUGUUGUGGUAUUUGGUUUGGAUGGAGAUUUUGAUGUAUGUUCAUAUAACAUGUUAUUUUUUAGUUUCUGCCUUUUUUGAGACUGUUAUAAACUGACGUUGUUUUUGUUUUUACUUAUUCUUCAUUUAUAUCACCACAAACAAUCUUUAAAGGCACUAUAUUGGAGUCACUGUAUUGUUUUAAGUCGGUUGUUGGGUUGAUUGGUCGGGCUGUCUUUUUCAAAAAAGUUGUGCGGUGUAUUUCUUUCCCAGUUUUAGAGUUCAAACAUGGUUCUCAUUCUCAUGGUGGGUUAAGUAGUGCCCAUGCAUUCCUAAUACUACAGCCAUUUUCAAUCGAAAACAACCGCAGACUAUUUACUAUGUCAGAAAUCUUUACACUCAACUACGCUGAAAGAAGAUCGCGUUAUAAUUUCAAUUUUGCAGUUACACUCAUUGACUUUACUCUUGAGAAUCUUAAUUAUCUAUGCAGUACUACACUUAACUGGCAAUCAAAUUAAACUAAGGUAUACAUCCCAAGUGAAGCCUGAAUCAAUAAAUAACAUCCAGAGUGAAGCCGAAAUCAAUAAAUAACAUCCAGAGUGAAGCAUGGAUCAAUAAAUAACUUCCUCAGUGAAUCCUGAAUCAAUAAAUAACUUCCUCAGUGAAGUCGAAUCAAUAAAUAACAUCCAUAGUGAAGCCUGAAUCAAUAAAAAAACAUCCCGAGUGAAGCCUGGAUCAAUAAAUAACAUCCAGAGUGAAGCCUUAAUCAAUAAAUAACUUCCUCAGUGAAGCCUGAAUCAAUAAAUAACAUCCAGAGUGAAGCCUGAAUCAAUAAAUAACAUGCAGAGUGAAGCCUGAAUCAAUAAAUAACUUCCAGAUUGAAGCCUGAAUCAAUAAAUAACAUGCAGAGUGAAGCCUGAAUCAAUAAAUAACUUCCAGAUUGAAGCCUGAAUCAAUAAAUAACAUCCUGAGUGAAGCCUGAAUCAAUAAAUAACAUCCAUAGUGAAGCCUGAAUCAAUAAAUAACAUCCAUAGUGAAGCCUGAAUCAAUAAUUAACAUCCUGAGUGAAGCCUGAAUCAAUAAUUAACAUCCUGAGUAAAGCCUGAAUCAAUAAGUAACAUUCUGAGUUAAGCCUGAAUCAAUAAAUAUCAUCCUGUGUGAAGCCUUAACAGUCUGAGUGAAGCCUGAAUCAAUAAAUAACAUCCUGUGUGAAGCCUGAAUUAAUAAAUAACAUUCCGAGUGAAGCCUGAAUCAAUAAUUAACAUCCUGUGUAAAGCCUGAAUCAAUAAAUAACAUCCUGUGUAAAGCCUGAAUCAAUAAUUAACAUCCCGUGUAAAGCCUGAAUCAAUAAGUAACAUCCUGAGUGAAGCCUCAAUCAUUAAGUUAAAUCCAUCAACAUUGUAGAUUUUAACUGAGCUAUUAUUUUGAAUAGCUGACUGUGAAUCAUUAAAAUCCCUAAAAUGAGAACAGUUCACCAAAACUGAAAAGUAUAGCAGCAGAAGUUACUGUACAGUUACUGAUAUUUUGUAUCACUUAUUUUCAAUUUAAUGGUUAUGAUAUAACUUGUUUGUAAUCAUGUGUAUAUAUUCACAAUUAUGAUUGUAUUGCGUAUGUUUGCCAUUAAUUCAUUUGUUAUCAAAUGAUUGAGAAUUAAGUGUAAUGACUAUCAUAUUCUAUAAUGUUUCUUUCACAUUGAAAAUGAAAUAAUAUGAACAUGAAAAUAUUUUCCGGCAUUUCUUAGUAAUAGAUAUUGUUUUUCUUUACUAAACCAUCAAAUGGGCAUAAGCCGGGCCAAUCUAAAUAACUAUGAUUAAACCCAAUUACGGUUGGAGAAAGGAUCAAAGGGAACAACAGCCGCUGAGAAAUGUAAAGGGACACAGAAAAUCGAUCCUAGAAAAUAUGAAAGGGGCACUCCGCAAUCUGAGAAAAUGUAAAGGAGCACCACACCAUCUGAAAAAAAAUAAAGGGGCACUCAACACCAUCUGAGAAUAUUAAUAGGGUCACUCAACACAAUCCAAGAAAAUUUAAAGGGUCCCACAACACUAUCUGAGGAUAUUUUAAGGGUUGCUUGACACCAUCUGAAAACAUUUAAAGCCCCACACAACUACAUCUUUGAACAUUUAAAGGGUCACUCAACAUAAUCUGUGAAAAUUUAAAGGGUCACUCAACACGAUUGGAAACAUUAAAAGGGUUGCUUAGACCUUCUGAGAAAAUUUUAAGGGUCACGCAGUACCAUCUGAGAAAAUAUAAAGGGGUCACACACCACCUUUAUCAACUUGAUUUAUAAAUCUCACAUCAUUGUUAAUAUGAUUUAAUUCUAGUGGUAACACAUUCUUAAACAUGUCUUUUUAUGUUCCAUUAUGAUUUUGAUAUCAAAAAUUAUAAAAUGAUGUCCAACUUCAACAUUAAAACAUUCAUUCUGACAAUGUUAUGGUCAAUGUUUGCAUUCAUUAGGUUGUAUUUUGAUGUAUAUUAUUAUGAUUUGCCUUUAUUUCUCAUUGUUUUUUAUCCCAAAGCUUUAAACUAACAAUUGAAUCAUUUUGAUAUUGUGUUUGACAUCUGUACAGAUCUGUUUGUGACAUGAUUUUAUACUAUGAUAAGAUUUCACGAUUAUUAUUGCUGAUAUUAUAAUAAUAUCAUGACAUUGUACAUUAUUUUUUUUAUAUCAAUUAUGAGUGUCAGUUUAUGACAUCAAAGGAAAUGAAGUGAUGGUAAAUAGAAUCCUUUUUGAAGAUUCUAUACCUGUGUUGUUCAUGAAACAUGCUCUCUGCCACACCUGCUUUUUCCCACUUUUCAUACCUUUAAAAAGGUUGAUUAUUCCAUUUUUUUUGUGAAAAUUGGUUAUCUGGCCCAAAUUUCUCGAAACUUCUUAUUAUGCUAAGACUCUAUUUUUGUUAUGACUAUAAUUUGUGUUAUAUUUACUUCUUUAGGAGUUUUUCGAAUUUAAAUAUGAGUUGUCUUUAUGCUUUCAGCAUUAAACCAUUUUUCUUUGAUCAAAAUCAUAUUUAAGAAUGUAUUUUGGCUAUUUGAAAAAUAAAUCAUAUUUAAGAAUGUAUUUUGGCUAUUUGAAAAAUAAAUCACAUUUUAGAAUGUAUUUUGGCUAUUUGAAAAAUAAAUCAUAUUUAAGAAUGUAUUUUGGCUAUUUGAAAUAAGCUACUUAACCCUGUUUAGCUUAAUUUUUAAGAAAUUGGGGCCAGUAGAUCAGUUUUUAUCUUUUUUCAGUAAUUUUGUUCACCGAUUACCUCAUAUGUCCAAAACGCCAGUUCAUAUUACCCAUAGGUGAUUGAAAAACCUGCCUACUUGAGAUUGCCUGCUGGUUGGCUGUCGUCUUUUCAACAACUUAACUGUUGUUCAGGGCUUAGUCUAACCACAGGAUUGAUGAAAUAGGUAUCAGACAUUCUAAAAUAUUGGUUAAAAUGGAAAAAAAGUUGUUAAAUGAUCUUUAAUGAAUAUUCAAAAUUAUGUAUUUUUCCAAAUAAAAUCAAUAUACUUUUUUAUUAUAUUAUGUCAUAAAAGCUACUAUUUUAAUUCAACUUCAAUGGGGCAUUGCUGGAGAGACACUAGAUUCAUGUUAAAAAAUCUUAUUGUAUGUUUCAAUACAAUUAUGAUGAUCAGUUUAUAACAAAUUAAUAACCAAUAUUAAUUAUAUGUCAAUAUUUUCUCUGUAAUAGUGUUAGUAUCUUACACUCACUUUUCAGGUGUUAAAGUGAGUUCUGCUAUUUUAUCAUUUUUUAAUAUUUCUAAAGCUUUUAUGUUUUUAAAAAGCUUUGUUUUUGUAGCCAAAGAUAUUCUGCGAAGAAAUCAUAUAAAAACUAUCUCUAAAUUGUUGUUCAACGUAAUUUAUAUAUUGCCAAGUAGAGAUAUUCUGCCAAGUAGUAUUUAAAAAAAAAAUGUCUAAAUUGUUGUUCAACAUAAGCUGUAUUUUACCAAGUAAUCAGUAUAAAGCUAUCUCUAAAUUGUUGUUCAACAUAAUUUAAAUUCUACCAAGAAAACUUUCUUUAAAUUGUUGUUCAACAUCAUUAAUAUUCUACCAAGAAAACUUCCUCUAAAUUGUUGUUCAACAUCAUUUAUAUUCUAGCAAGAAAACUAUCUCUAAAUUGCUGUUGAUCAUAAUUUAUAUUCUACCACGAAAACUAUCUCUAAAUUGUUGUUGAACAUCAUUUAAAUUCUACAUGUACCUAGAAAACUAUCUCCAGAUUGUUGUUCAACAUAGUUUAUAUUCUGCCAAGUAAUCAGUAUAAAGCUAUCUCUAAAUUGUUGUUCAGCAUAAUUUAUAUUCUACCAUGAAAACUAUCUCUAAAUUGUUGUUGAACAUCAUUUAUAUUCUACCUUGAAAACUAUCUCUAAAUUGUUGUGUAACAUCAUUUAUAGUCUACCAAGAAAACUACUGCAUCUCUAAAUUGUUGUUCAACAUAAUUUAUAUUCUACCAAGAAAACUAUCUCUAAAUUGUUGUUCAACAUAAUUGAUAUUCUACCAAGAAAACUAUCUCUAAAUUGUUGUUCAACAUAAUUUAUAUUCUACCAAGAAAACUAUCUCUAAAUUGUUGUUCAACAUAAUUUCUAAAUUGCUGUUCAACAUAAUUUUAUGAAAUCAAAUGUUAUUAUUUAUAAUAUAAUUUCAAGAAACAGAAAGACACCUCUUUCUUAAGUUGGCUAUUUUAAACAUUUAUGAUAAAAAAAAACAUAUUGUAUUUUGAUGUAAUCAUGUACAGCUUAUGAUUAUAUGUGAUUGCUUUUAAAACAUAUGUGUAAAAUGUCAGGAAGCUCAUGUACAUAGCAUAUGGUUUAGAUCCAGAGAUUAUAUUUUGUCAUAUAAGAAACUAAACAUCUGCUUUUCCUAGAUUGAAGGAUUUUAUACAAUACAUACAGAGACUGUUUAAUACAUGCAUACAGCAUUUUCCUUUCUUUCUCUACAACAUUAAAAUCAGUAAUACAUAGUAUGGUCGUUUUUAGCUCAUCUGAUUUUCGGAAAAUACAGUUUGAAGUACAUGUAUUGCCUGUUGAAAAUUAUAUAUUAAUUUGAUUGUUUCUUAAAUAUUUUAGUUUUUCAUAUAUGUGUAAGUAUAAGUAUAUAAGUAUCUUCCAUGGCCGAGAAUGAAAGACAAGUUCAUUUCAACAUGAGCGAGGCGUUUCCUCAAAAUACCCUGUGCGAGGGUUGCAAUGAAAAUGUUAUACAGGAAUGACCAUGGUAGAUGCUUUUCUCCCACCUCAGUUAAAAAAAAAUAUAGAAAAGAAGCAUUUUCUCGCUGGAACUCUUUUGUGCAAAAUAAAGAAAAAAAUGGUUCCAUAUGGGUACUUUUUUUAUCUUUGCCGUGGGCAAGAUAAGGAUUUCAGCAUGGACAAUUAUUUCAAUCUAUUUAUCUGGGGUGGGAGAAAUCAUUAUCUGUAUAUUACAGUUUUUGUCCGUGUAUUCAUUUGUCACCUUAUUUGCUUGUCAAAUAUGUAGUUUUCACUAACAUUGUUCAUGGUAAAAUCAUGAACGUGUAGGUAUAUUUAUGUAUAUUAUGCUAGUUUAUGCCUGUAUAUGGCAGCUUUUUUUUUACCAUUAAAUUUGAAUCAUGUAUUGUGAUAUGUUUCAUCAAUCUAAAUUUACCCUUUUCUGUUUUAAAGCUGCUCUCUCACAGAUUGACCAAUUUAACAACCUUUUUCAUUUUUUGACAAAGAAUCAUCUGAUUUUGGCAUCAGUCAUAUAGGAUAACACACUAUAGAACAAAUCUCAAUUGUUUCGAAAACUGCGGAAAUUUUCAUUUUACUUUAACUGUUAGUAGCAGUAACACUUUUAGCCAUAAAACAUAAAUUUUCGAGAGUGAAAAUUAAAAACUGCGACCUGAUCUUCUAUCAGUAGUUUAAUAUAUCACUGCUUUUCAAACAUUUUCACAAAAUUUGGCUUAUUAAAGGUGCACAAUAUAGGUUUAUGCAAAAAAUAAAAGAUAAAAAAUUAAAUGUAUUUUUGAGUUCAGGAGAUGUUACAUAUGAUAUGAUAGAUGUAUUUCGGUUGUAUAAGUUAGAUCUUAUGUUAUGGAAAAUUGUCGUGACAUAAUUAGCCAUGAAGAACAAUUUUGAGGAAUUUCAUUGAAAAGUAUCAAAUUUUUUUUACUUUAUUUCAAAUCACUUGAUAUUCUCCAGUUUUGUUCGCCAAGAUUUAUAAAGGGGAUUAAAUUGGAUUAUCCUUCAUCUAGUAUUAGAAUAUGGCGGGCUAGAUUUAAAAAUAACCCUAUAGUUAAUAUCAAAUAAAAUACAGAAUUUAUUAAACAAGUUUUCUAAAAUUAAUAGCAAUAAGUGAAAGUUUGACAAGACACUUUAUAUGUAUCCUAUAUAUAUAUAUAUAUAUUCUUUAUGAUUUUUCGAGAAAUUAUAAACUGGAAAUCAUCAAAUGUAGUCAGAAUUACGGUUGUUAAUAUGGCUAUCUCUGUUUGUUAGUGUAGUAUUACCUAAAUUCAACUUCAUUGUGCUUUAAGUACCUUUAGUACAAGCUUAGAAAGCUACCAUGGAUAAUUGUGUCUUAUUUUGUUAAGGAUAAGCUUAUUGUUUAAAAAUGAUGUCAUCAUUGUUAAUAUACAAAACGAAAAUAAACUUGGACAAAUAAUG